AUGGCCUCCCCCUCCCCCACGCCGCCCUCCCUCUCCCCCACCCCGCACCCCCACGCCCCGCAAAGCAAACGCGACAAGCGCCGCCACGCCCUCAGCGAGAAGCUCACCACGCUCACCACCUCCUUCCACAACCCGGCGAAUCCUCGAGCCCGCGACACCCACUACCGCGCCCAGCUCGCGUCCCUCACCGCCGACAUCCAGCUCAUCACGAAAUGCGAUGCCUCCGGACGGGAUAUGAGGCCGCUGGACGAUAGCAGUGAUGCGAUACACAGAGAGGUCGAGGACGCGCUGGCGGGGAUGGGCUUUGCGGAUCAGGGGGUCGUGAGCGGCGCCGGGAGGUGGUAUGGGGACUUUCUGGAGAAGGUGAACCAGGGGAUGGAGGAGCGGGAUGCGCAGCUGACGCUGCUGUAUAACCAAUACAACCACAAAUCGCUCUCCCUCGUUGCGCACCACACCCGCAGCAUCAUCCACGCCCGCGAAGAGCACAAGUCCCUCAGCGCAACCAUCCAGCAGCGCCUCAUGGCCCGCCUCAAAACACAGCUCAAAAAGCUUGCCGCCGAGAAGGAAUCCAACAGCAGCACCACCCUCUCGUCGCUCUCAUCGCUCUCCACAUCCGCCUACACAGACCUCACCGAGACCAACGCCCUCCUGCUCCACCCCUCACAGUUCGGCCUAGCACCUUCAAUCGGCUCGCCCCGCCGCCCGCCCAACCUCCCGCCCCAGCAGACGCCAGACGACGCCCCCCGAAAGCCCCGCCGCCGCGCGGGAGAGGUAGAGGAGCUCCUCUCCUUCGGCGUCGGCAUCAACUUCGACCCGCCCAGCACGUCGUCGAAGCGCAAACGCACGACACGCACCCUCCCGCCGGUUGAAGACCUGCCACUGCUGUCCACGAUGUCGCCGCCGCCCGAGAACACGGAGCUGUCCACGGCGCCGGCGGCAGCAGCGGCGGCGAGCACGGAUAACCGCAGGAGGAGGGAGGAUCUGAUGCGGCAGGUGUAUACGCCCGUGUACAGCUUUGACAAGCUGUUUACCGAGAAGGAGCUGCAGCUGGCGGGGAACCAGGCGUCGCUUGCGACGGUAAGGUAUUUCACGGAGAGGCAGCAUACGAGCUAUGGGGAUGCCGAGGACAGCGAUGAGGGCGGUGCGGCGGCGGGGGUGGAGGGCGAGGAUGAGGAUGGGGCGGCGGGUGGGUAUCAGGGUGCUGCGACGAGAAGUAGGGAGAUGGAGAGUUUGGUGCUGGGGGGUGUGCCGGGGAUUGGCAUGACGUAUGUGAAUAAGGCGGGGAUUGCGCCGCCGCCACCCGGGCUGAGGAGUGAGGAGGCGGAAAUGGAUUUGGCGGCGAUGAGGAGGGGGGUGGAGGAGUGGGGAGGGUGGGAGGGGGCGGGGGAGAAAAGGAGUGCGGGGGUGGCGGGGAUGGCGGGUGGGGAUGGGGGGAAGAAGGCGAGGAGAGGGUAG